CCCGCUCGGCCUGGGCCCGCGCAGUCGGCGCGGGGCCGCUCGCUCGCUCGCAGGCAGGCAGCGGCGGCGCGCCAUGGCGCUGGGCUCGGCGUGGAAGCAGAUGUCGUGGCUGUACUACCAGUACCUGCUGGUCACCGCGCUCUACAUGCUGGAGCCCUGGGAGCGCACCAUCUUCAAUUCGAUGCUAGUUUCCAUUGUUGGAAUGGCACUGUACACAGGCUAUGUGUUCAUGCCUCAGCACAUCAUGGCAAUACUGCACUAUUUUGAAAUUGUGCAGUGAUGAAGAACACAUUUUCGAGAAGUGAUCAUGAUAAGAAAAUCAUCCUACAAAGAAGAAUGAACCUCUUAGUUUUAACAAGACUUCUGCAGAUGUCAAAAAGAGAAAGGCCUAGUUAUGACUCUGAAGACUAAGAAACCAGAUGUGUAGAGACGGGACGUGAGAUGUCCCCUAUGUUGUGUUUGUUCCUUUUAAUUUUACAAGAUGCCCUUGUAUAGUAGUUUUGUCUAUUUUAACAUUGUGAUUGUACUUUGAUAUCAGUAUUUUCCUAACUUUGUGACAGUUUCAAUAUUGCACUGUGAAAGCUUUUCUUAAUUGUAAUUUUGAGUAAAUCUUAAUUGCCUUCUAUUUUUAAUCAGAAAGUCAUCUUAUUAAAUGGGGCUUAAAGCUUUUGCUAUUGUAUGGUAUGUAUUUGCCUGGAUAUUUCUAUUAAUGCGUUUUGUAAGAAAAUACAUCUAGAUUCAUAUUAGAGACAUAGAUAUAUUCAUUUAAUAUUAUUUAAAAAAAUUAGUUUGUAUGACUGAACUCAGGUGUACUGUUUGCUGUCCAAACUUUGUUCAACAGUGUAUUUGUGCAUAUCAGCUGAUUUUGGAAUUGGCGAUUAUUUUAAGUUUUUGUAUCCUAACUACUGGAGGAGGGUGGGAAAGAGAAAGAGUUGAGAUGGAGUAACGACUGCCUUCAUUAUGUUUGGAGUAAGGCUGUGGUUGUAGUGUUGUAGCGGGAACAAAAGGGCAUCUCUUUACUGCCAUAGGCCUACAUAAAGCUUGGGGAUUGCACUUCAACACUGUUCUUUUAGCUACCAACUAAAUUGUACUUUUACAUAAUGCUUGAUUAUGUUCUAAUGGUGGUGGAGAGGAGGUUUCUGCUUCUUUUCAUUCAACAGUGUAACUAUGUCUCGAUUUCAAAGGGUUUUUCUAUUGCUGCUAGUGUUCCAAACCUGUUCUUGAUACAAACGACCAAAACAUAAGGUUUUAAAGGGACUUGAGUUACAACUACAGCAAUAAGGAGCUGAGUACUUGGCUGAAGUCCUGUUCUUUUUUUUUUGGUUGUUUUUCUUUUUCUUUUCUUUUUCUUUUCUUUUUUUUUUUUUUUUUUUUUUUUACAUAGGGCUUUUUUCAGAUUUGUAUUCUGAAAUGUAAGAUGGGAAAAACCUACCUUUCUUAAGUGGAGGAUUUUUUGUUUUUAAAAAUAAAAGUUUAAAAGCAGAGUUUUGAUGCACAACUUUCUUUGUGAAGUUAAUGUGUUUUUUGAAUGCUGCUUGCUUUUCUCAGAGUUUUACAUGGAUUGAAGACUGGUACGUGACCAAAGAAUUACGAUUUUAAUGGCCUGGAAAUAAUAGAUACUUUAAUCUCUUCUAUGCAACUUCUACUGAAAUCAGGAAUUAAGUUGUAAAAUUAUUUGUUCUUUGAAGAUGCGAUCUUUUAGAUAACGACUCCUGAGUUGUUUUUUUUCUCCUUUUUUCUUCUGAGUUCAUAUACCUUUACUCUCAGUUAAACUUUAUGCAUUUGAAAAUUCUGUAGUUGUCUGGACGCUAAAAGCAGAGUGGGCCUUUAAUUCCUUAGGAGAACACAAGUUUUCCUGAAAUCAGUAGGACUCUCCCACUAAAUUAGUGCCUUGUUUGAGGGUGGAACUGGUUGUGAAAAUAUUUAAAAUCUGUUAAAUGCAAGUCUGUGUGUCUUAAAGAAAAAAUGCCAUCUGUCACUUACCCUGUGCAUGAGAGCCCAAAGCGGUAGUGUUACUGAUUCAGUAAUGCUGGAGACCACUGCCACGUGAUCCUACCUGACAUAGGCAGUUGGCAGUUCAGCCUUUUUCUUAAGUGAAUCAAGAAUUGUACAUAACUCUUCUAAAUAUGUGAUGAGAUAAUGAUCAGUUAAUCUAUUCUUUUGAAGUAACAAGGCAAAAUUUCCUGCUAUCCAAGGGUUAAAUGGGUACAAUGAUGUUUUUUUGUGAACCUCUGUCAUCACUGAUACAAAUCUGCUGCUGAGAGAGGGCUUUAGCUGUGUGUGUGUGAUGGAAAAGUAGCCCUUCUGUGCUUUAGAGUUAUAAGUGUAAACACGAUUUUAAUUGUGAAGAGUUUUAUAAAGGGAUUUUGGUACACUGACUUUUAUUAGCGUCUGCUUUUUUGGUGGAAAGAGAGUAACCAUAACCUCUUAACACUUGUAUUGGAGAAAGCUUGGUUGGUAUCAUACUUUAAUUCAGUUUGCUAAUUUGAGUACAGGCUUUUCCAGCACUUUGUUUUUAAUUACAAGUCGAGUGUCUCACAGAAGCCUUGGACCAUUCCUUCAGAUUCCAGAUGCUUUAUUAAAGCUGGAAUCAUUUCUCUUCAUUAAUAAAAUACUGUAUGCUACUGGAGUUUGUAGUUUUAGCAAAAAGUAUUUGCAACAUGCUUUUUAUAAAACUGGUCUACCGAAGAGAUAGUUCGAGGUGUUGUAAUUAUGAAGAUAAGUGGCUUUUUUUUUUUAAAGUAAGGCCAUCAACAGGGAUUUAAUUCAUCAUUAAAUUUGAAUAAUAAAUGAAUUAUAAGGCUACCAAGUUGUUUUCCCACUGCAGUCUAUUUCAUUGCCAUGUCAACUGGGAGAAAUCAAAUCCUUAUUACAUAACUAAGCCUCUUUUGUGGAAUUCAGAGCUAGAAGGCAAUUUAAAUAUUAUUUGGAGACAGCUAGUCAAUUAUGCUCCUUUUCAAAAAGGAUAUUAACUGAGCCGUCAGCGUUUUAGAUAGAUAACGCUGGAAGAAAUAAUCAUGAGAAGUAUUUCUCUUAAGCAAAAAUAUCUCAGAGCUAUGAAAGGAGCUUUGUGUUAGUCUUUUAAUAGUAAUAGCUCUCCAGGUUUAGCUAGAGUCAUCUGAAGUAAGCAUUUCAAAACGUAUUGGUUCUGUUACAGCGCAGCUGAUCGUACCAGCUCUGCCAGCGCGUGUCUGCCCGAGGUUGGCAGCGGUGCCUGGCCGUGCUGGCCGCCCCGGCGGUGCUCCCGGCACACUGGGGGCUCUGGGAAUAAUCAUCAGGAAUCUCCAUGGGAGGAGCCAAAAGCAGAAACUGAGGGGUAAUUUUACACAAACUCUGUCUGGAGCUGGGACUUCGGUACUGGUACUGUAUUUUAGUGGAAAGCACAUUAUUUUGUGGUUUUGCUUCUGCAGUUAUAAUUAGUGCAUAAUUUUCACAGCCAUUUGUGAUCCUUAAAAUGCUGUGUCAUUUCCCGCUGCAACAUCAAAGGCUUUAUCUUCAAUAAAUAAAUAAAAUCC